AUGUAGUAGAACCGAACAGGACAAGCGCUGAAGAGUCACACGGCAGGAGAUUAAUCUGAUAGAACUGAGAACAGUAAGGCAAUGUUAAACCUGGGACAGACGAGCAUGAACUUGAUCACAAGGAGUCAGAGUUACCACAACAGUAGCUGGACAAACUGGUGGAGAGUGGUAGGCAGUGCUGGUUUAAGAACCCUACUGCUGAUUGCUGUUGAAACGAGGAGCAGGUGAGGUGCUGGAAACUCCACCCCAGAGGACGGAAAUCUGGAACUCCUCUAACAAAGAGGAACACCUCCCAGACACUCCCAAGGCACAUGACAAAAGUUGCCCAGUAUAAUUGAAUUUGUGUUGAUGUACCAGUAUAUAAUUGACACCAGACAUUGUAUUUUAGACUAUUAGACAUUGUUACUGUUAUUUACAGCAUCCUGCAAGAGGUUAUUGGAAUUUUGUGUUACAGGGGUUCCAGUUGAGUGAUAUAACAGGUGUGGUUGUUCUGGUAUGUGGCUGCUGUCCUGGAGGAAUUUUCUCCAACUCCAUGGCUCUGGCUAUACAGGGGGACAUGAACCUCAGCAUCAUGAUGACUUCCUGCUCUACAAUGUUGGCUCUGGGUAUGAUGCCUCUCCUGCUCUACAUCUACUGCCAGGGUUUCCCCAGCGUGCAGAACGCUGCCCCUCAUGGUGAAAUUAUGUUAUCGUUGGUCUUGAUCCUUGUCCCGUGUAGCAUCGGCAUCAUCAUCAAGAUCUACAGGCCACAGUACUCGAAGAAGUUCACGAAGGUUUGUGUAUACUGACAGGAGAAUGAAGGUCAGACAGAUCACUAAAACUGAUUAACAGUGUUGAUUAUUCAGUUGGUACAGGAAUGGCAAAUAAAGACUUCAAUGACUCAUAUUUUAAAUAUUUG